AUGCGCUUCUCGAUCGUCGCUACAGCGGCCCUUCUCGCCGGUGGUGUCGCAGCUGCUCCAACUCCAGAGCCAGCCAUUGGUUGGCUUGACCUUGACAAAAUACUAUCUUCCCUCGGAAUACGAGUUCGUCAAGAUGGCAACAAACAUGGUCCCACACUCAACUACCACAACAAAUGUCCAUUCACCUUCCCUCCAGUCAAGUGGAGCUGGAAUCGCUUUGCCCAUAACAUCAACUGGCCCAAAGGAACCAAUGGAGGAAACUUCAUCAACUGGAAGACGUUCAAAGCGAACGGUGUCAACUUGGGUGGAUGGUUAGAGAAGGAGAAGACCCACGAUCCCAUCUGGUGGGACCAAGUUGGAGGCUCUGCGGCUCCUGAUGAAUGGAAUCUAUGCCUGACUCUUGGAUCCAAUUGUGGUCCAAUCUUUGAAGCGCGAUAUGCUUCAUUCCUGAAUACCACCACAAUCGACAAGCUCGCAAGCGUUGGCGUCAACACCUUGAGAAUCCCCACCACAUACGCUGCAUGGGUCAAUGUCCCUGGAUCAGCACUCUACCACGGGAGGCAGCAGGCUUAUCUCAAGACAAUCGUGCAGUAUGCGGUUGAAAAGUACGGCAUGCACAUCAUCAUUGGUCUCCACUCACUUCCUGGUGGCGUCAACAACCUCGAUAUCGGUGAAGCCCUUGGACAUGAUGCAUGGUUUUACAACGCUACGAACCUAGAGUACUCUUUCCAAGCCAUCGACGCGGUCCUGAGUUUCAUGAAGGCCAGCGGGCACAUCAAUGCUUUCACUCUUGCGCCUAUCAACGAAGCAUCCGAUAAUCUUUCCGGAUUCGGUACGGCGGAUGGUCUUUCGGUAAAUGCAACGAACUGGAUCAACACCUACAUUGACGGCUGCUUCCAGAGGAUUGCUAAGAUCGACAAGCGCAUUCCACUUAUGCUGCAAGACAACUUCAAGGGUGCUAGCUAUUGGGAACCGUUCUAUGAUAGCUCUACAAACCUUGUCAUCGACUCGCACGUCUACUACUUUGCUGCAGCUGGGACUUACUCUGCCUACGUCAACCCUGCGGUAUGCGGACAAGCGGCGUACAUUGCUGGAGAGAAGACGUUCCCCGUGUUCAUUGGAGAGUGGUCACUGCAGACAAUGUACAACAACACCCUUCCCAGUCGCAAGCAAAUCUUUGACACUCAACGGUACGCGUGGCAGAAAUACAACUCUGGAGGUGCUUUCUGGACUGCAGUGAGCUACUCUACCACUGCUGUUGAUGGCGAAGGAACACAGCGAGAAUACUGGUCAUACAUCGAUCUUAUCAACGAAGGUGUUAUUACAGAGGCGACGACUGCGUCCUACUGCUAG